GGGGGGGUGGGGGGGUCGGGGGUCUUCCUACCCUGCCCUGCCUGCAUCAAGAGGAUGGUUUGGAAAUGGCUGGGCGCGUUGCUGCUUUUCCCGGUGCAGAUGGUCUAUUUGGUGGUAAAAGCGGCCGUGUGCAUCCUGCUGCCGGCCAGGCUCCGGGACUUGUCCGGGGAGAGCGUGCUGAUCACCGGAGGGGGCAGAGGCAUCGGUCGCCACCUGGCCAGGGAGUUUGCUAAACGAGGAGCCAGAAAGAUCAUCCUGUGGGGUCGAACCGAGAAGUGCCUUAAGGAAACCACAGAGGAGAUUAGAAGGAUGGGAACAGAGUGCCAUUACUUCAUUUGCGAUGUGGGAAACCGAGAGGAAGUCUAUCGGCAAGCCAAAGCUGUCCGGGAAAAGGUGGGUGAUAUCACCAUCCUAGUGAACAAUGCUGCUGUCGUUCAUGGUAAGAGCUUGAUGGACAGCGAUGACGACGCUCUACUCAAAUCACAACACAUAAAUACCCUGGGACAGUUCUGGACCACCAAGGCCUUCCUGCCACGCAUGCUGGAGCUGCAGAAUGGGCACAUUGUUUGCUUGAACUCUGUCUUGGCCUUGUCAGCCAUCCCUGGUGCCAUUGACUACUGCACCUCCAAAGCCUCUUCCUUUGCCUUUAUGGAAAGCCUGACCUUGGGAUUGCUGGACUGUCCUGGAGUGAAUGCUACAACAGUCCUGCCAUUCCACACCAGCACAGAGAUGUUUCAGGGCAUGAGAAUAAGGUUCCCCAAUCUUUUCCCUCCACUGAAGCCAGAGACUGUGGCCAGGAGAACAGUAAAAGCUGUUCAGCUGAACCAAGCCUUCCUCCUCCUUCCGUGGACAAUGCAUGUACUUGUCAUCUUGAAAAGCAUUCUCCCUCGGUCAGCACUUGAAGAAAUCCACAAGUUUUCUGGAAGCUACACCUGUAUGAACACGUUUAAAGGGCGAACAUAGACCUGGUCAUACUUAGAGGUCAUAGUUCAUUCUAAAAUGAAGCCAACACAAGCAGCAAAAUCCUGACAAGAUUGUGAAUCAACGGUCUUGGCUUUUAGCCUGCCUUGCUCGUGUGACUUGUGCUGCUGUCAGGCAACAAAUUUCUUGCAGGGCAUAUCCAUAGCAACACGACCUUUGCACAGGACCGCAUGGCUAGACUGGACUUUUGGGAAGAACAACAAAAACGUUGAGAUGUUUGUACAAUGUUUAGUUCUUUAGAGUCUGAUUCUUACAUCCGCUCAUAGUUUUAUGAUUUAAUUGUCGUUUUAAUUGUACCCUUAGGCUGCUCCAACCAGGGUGCAGCACAUCCCUCCCCACUCUGCUCACAGAAACAGGAAGAGCAACUAGUGUUGAUUUCAGAUCAGCUUUUUGAAUGAGAAUUUAAAAAAUGGCUUUGCAGGGUUACUAGCUAAGGGUGUUUAUUGGGACCCCACUUUUUUUCCCCGCUCACUGCAUUGGGUGGCUGUACUUUACAGCCAUUGAAGCAGAUUGUUCCGCUCAUUCCUUCUGCAUCUCUGGACAGGAGCAAAUAGCUGGUCCGCUCAGGGGCCACUCAAGAAGCCUGAGUGUGGAAGGACAGCGCUAGCCAUAGCAAGUCUUUAUUGUUGCCUGUCCAAAGGCUGAAGUGGCAAGCUCAGAAAGAGGAGUGACUAGACAUAUUUCAUGAGAUGGACAAUCUGAAUAGUGGAAGGUCCCGCCUACCGCUGAAAUCAUAUACAGAAAGUAAUUGUCCUUCUGAAUAUUUUUGUUCAUUUGUGGUGAAAUAUAAUUUCCUUUUAGCAAUAAUCCCUAGAUUUCCACUCAUUUAGUCAGUGUUGGCUUGGGAACAAAUUAACCUUAGGGCCUUCCUCGGCACACCCUUAUUCAUGCAAGCAGUCCUUACACCGAGAAAUCCCAUUGAUCAACCCGCACAGAGAAGGAAAUGGAAUAUGUUCCAAAAAGUAGAAGGAUGAUACGCAUGGACAUGAAAUGUGAAGGUGGGAAGCGCAAUGAGCAAAGGCCCGAUGUAACCCCCAUUGAAAUCAAUGGGGAUCUUUCCAAUGACUUAUGUGAGAGUUGGAUCAAGCCCUAAAUGAGCCAAAAAGGGGAGGAAGCAGUGAGGUAGAAUUCCCAACGAGACAUUCAUUUUUAUUGUUCUUGUUAUUUUUUUGUACAAUACAGUUUCUUUAACAACCCAGUAAAGUACAGCUACACAUCCCCAUGACCGAUCCAUCGUGCAGCACUGGGCAUACUACCACGUCCUAAACAUAAGAGAACACAACCGAGAGAGGUAUUAAUCAUAACUGCAGCAAAGCUUGGCCGCAGGUGUGAUCGGCGAGCACCUCAAGAAAAGUGCUUUAAGGACAGUCUUGUGGCUAAAGCACUGGAGCGUGAGGUAGGAUUCCUGCCUUCUGUUUGCAGCUCUGCCUCAGACUGCGUGUGUGACCCCCGGGGCAAGUCACUUCUCUCAUUGUGCUUCAGCAAAGAUUGUUGUGAGGCUCGGUUCCUUAAUGUUUGUCAAGUGCUUUGCAGUCCUCAAAUGGUGGGAGCAAAAUGUUGUUUGCUUACAGUUGGAGAGGUUACUUGCAAAAAUGUAAAGACGAGAGGAAGAAUCCACAUAAUAAAACAUCUGUUUCUA